UUACAAUAUUGUAAUGAAACUUUUUCUUUAAUAAUUCUUCUCCUGGGUGGAUAUUUUAUUUGAAAUAAAAAUAAUCUCUCUUUACGAUGGAGGAAUUACGAACAAGUAAAACAAACGAACAAUUACUCACUAUGUCAGAUUCUGUGUCUGAUGUUAACACGAGUACAACUACAUCAACAUCAGGAUCGUUUUCAGGCAAACAGCAAUACGAUACUAUUCCGAAGAAGCCAACAUAUUUGAGAGACAGAGAAAGGAUCAUUUAUCCAAGGAAUACGAGAACAUUACCGAAAACAAUAGUAUCCGGUGGUACACCUAUAGACGAAGAAACUUGUAUGAUGUUGAGAACAUUGAUAUUUGGUAGCUGUGCUUGUCCACCUAGAGCAGAAUGGGCUAGAACCGGUUUAACUUUAAGACCUUAUGGUCAAAAUUUAGCUUUUGGGUUGAGAGCACCUAGGAAUACUACCAGAGGUUUAAUUACUGCAGUUCAAGCUAUCAUGUUGAAACAUUUUUUAUUCAAGUGUAACACUCAGGACAGUCGUAUAAGUUCGGAUAUCUUACUGAAACCUUCGUAUGACAGACAAGUUGAAGUCCUGUGCCUUGCGAUAUCAGAAAUAAUUUGGCGUUGCGCCGGUGGUUUCGUUUCUGUUAACAAUCAGAAUAGCAGCUGCAGCAACCUCGAUACAAAAAGUGUCAGCGUGCCAAAGGCAAUCGUUGCAUUACCACAAAAGACACCCUAUCUGCAACAUAGCGUGCAGUAUUUUCAGGAUGGUUUGACGGAGACAUUGCAUCUAUUCGAGUUCACCUCGAUAGAAGAUCUUCAAAUAUUUAUCAAGAGGUACUUAUACUUGUUUCAGGACGAAGGAGGACCAGGUGCUAAGUUGUUACUUUACAGUGCAGUUUUAUCGAGAGGAUUAAUUAAAGUUCAAAACGACCUGGAAGAUCAAAAAGCUUCUAUACUAAGCGGAUGUCCUGAAGAGGGACCGAUCAGUGUCGUGGUGUUUAUGUUAACCGGCCGGGCUUCUCCUCAUCUUCAUAACGGUGUUAUUAAUGUCGGGGAUGAAAAUACAUACGCUGUACCACAAUGGGGUAUUCUAGUAAGAAGCGAAGUAGGUUUUUUAAUUCACGAGGGUGAUGGUCAAACUAGCAAAAUACCUGGUUCUAGAUUGAAAACUCCAAGUUUACCGAUAUGGGUUACUUUGUGUCAUGGUCAUCAUGGUGUUCUAUUUAAUACUAACAAGGAAUUGUUAAGAAAUUAUCAUGCCGAAAGACGAUUUGAGGUGCAGUAUUUCGCAUGCGGUGGAAGUCAUGCAACAUUGACCGUUGAUACCAGGGCUAACGAAAAUGCAUCGGGUGUUGAAUCUACAAGCAAAGAAUCCAUUGAUAUUGCUGCUACACCAUUGGAAAAACUUAUUCGUUCUAAAUGGCAGGAUGCACAGAUACAAUGGAACGGUGCACCAUUGAUGUAAUAUCGUUCAUUCAAAUUCAAAUUGAAUUCUUCUAUUAGAUUUUGAAGAAAUUAAUCGUCAUAUGUGUUUACUUUGUUAUCAGAAAUGGUUUAUUUGCAAACGUGGGAUAGGAAAAAGCAGAUCGUUCCAUUCCGGGGAUGACAAUUCCCGUCCCUCGUCGUUGAACCGUCUCGAAUCUUCCAUCCGUGAAAUCGACAAGUAUAGUUCUUUCAUAUCGUGAGAAAUAACUAUUUUUAUUCUGUCGUUUGAAUUUGCAACUUUAUCUAUAGAACGAAACUUACAUCUACGGUAUUUUGUCGAAAUAUAUUUUUGAAGUAAUGCCAAUAACUAUGUUACACAUAUUUUUAUAAUGGUGUUUUUUUUUCUUCUUUCUUUUUUUGUUGUUGUUGUUGGAAAAAGGAAAGGCGAACCAUCAUUGGAUCCAACUUCCGUGACAUGAAAAUCUUUUUACGCUAUAGAUGGUAAUAAUAAUAAUAAUAAUAGAAGAAGAAGAAAUCGUUGAAUUAU